GGCUGCGGCUCCUCAGUCAGCGGCGGCUGCUGCUGCCUGUGGCCCGGGCGGCUGGGAGAAGCGGAGUGUUGGUGAGUGACGCGGCGGAGGUGUAGUUUGACGCGGUGUGUUACGUGGGGGAGAGAAUAAAACUCCAGCGAGAUCCGGGCCGCGAACGAAAGCAGUGACGGAGGAGCUUGUACCACCGGUAACUAAAUGACCAUGGAAUCUGGAGCCGAGACCCAGCAGAGUGGCGAUGCAGCUGUAUCAGAAGCAGAAAACCAACAAAUGGCGGUUCAAGCCCAACCACAGAUUGCCACGUUAGCCCAGGUAUCUAUGCCAGCAGCUCAUGCAACUUCAUCUGCUCCCACGGUAACUUUAGUGCAGCUGCCCAAUGGUCAGACAGUUCAAGUCCAUGGAGUUAUUCAGGCGGCCCAGCCAUCAGUUAUUCAGUCUCCACAGGUCCAGACAGUUCAGAUUUCUACUAUUGCAGAAAGUGAAGAUUCGCAGGAGUCAGUGGAUAGUGUUACUGAUUCCCAAAAACGAAGAGAGAUUCUUUCUAGAAGGCCUUCUUACAGGAAAAUUUUGAAUGACUUAUCUUCUGAUGCACCAGGAGUGCCAAGGAUUGAAGAAGAGAAGUCUGAAGAGGAGACUUCAGCACCUGCCAUCACCACUGUAACGGUGCCAACUCCAAUUUACCAAACGAGCAGUGGACAGUAUAUUGCCAUUACCCAAGGAGGAGCGAUACAAUUGGCUAACAAUGGUACCGAUGGGGUACAGGGCCUACAAACAUUAACCAUGACCAACGCAGCUGCCACUCAGCCUGGUACUACCAUUCUACAGUAUGCACAGACCACUGAUGGACAGCAGAUCUUAGUGCCCAGUAACCAAGUUGUUGUUCAAGCUGCCUCUGGAGAUGUGCAAACAUAUCAGAUUCGCACAGCACCCACUAGCACCAUUGCCCCUGGAGUUGUUAUGGCAUCCUCCCCGGCACUUCCCACACAGCCUGCUGAAGAAGCAGCAAGAAAGAGAGAGGUUCGUCUAAUGAAGAACAGGGAAGCAGCACGAGAGUGUAGAAGAAAGAAGAAAGAAUAUGUGAAAUGUUUAGAAAACAGAGUGGCAGUGCUUGAAAACCAAAACAAGACACUGAUUGAGGAGCUAAAAGCACUUAAGGACCUUUACUGCCACAAAUCAGAUUAAUUUGGGAUUUAUUUUCACCACUAAAGGUGGAAAAAGGACUGGCUUGGCCACAACCAGUAAGACAAAAAUAAACAUUUUAUUUUCUAAACAUUUCUUUUUUCUAUGCGCAAAACUGCCUGAAAGCAACUACAGAAUUUCAUUCAUUUGUGCUUUUGCAUUAAACUGUGAAUGUUCAACACCUGCCUCCACUUCUCCCCUCAAGAAAUUUUCAGCACCAGGAAUCAUGAAGAGACUUCUGCUUUUCAACCCCCACCCUCCUGAAGAAGUAAUAAUUUGUUUACUUACAAAUUGAUGGGGAAAAAUGAAAAAACCUUCUAAAAUAUUAUUUCAAGGUUUGUGCUGAACUCUUUGAUUGCCUUAGGGACAGAAUUACCCAGCCUCUUGAGCUGAAGUAAUGCGUGGGCCACAUGCAUAAAGUAAGUAAGGUGCAAUGAAGAAGUACUGAUUGCCAAUUGACGUGUUUUUCACACUUUCAUUGUGAAUUAAGUGAAAUUGUUAAUACCCUCUAAAAAAGAAUCACUAUGGUGUUGAAGAAAUUAGGAAUGAAUUUGGAGUGUUUCUGUGUACAUUCUCUUCCUCAACUAAAAACUUGUCCUGGGUUCUUAAAAAUAUUCUGUACUAAUGACAGCUCUUCCAUAGGUCAGUUGUUGCUUCUUAGUUCUAUUCUGUAUGUGUUCACUGUUUUGAAUGCAUUAAAAGAAGUAACCAACUGAACGUACAAGCAUGAUUAUUUAAAUUUUAAAUCAAAGGACAGUAAAAGUACAAAGCUUAUGUUUUAGUUAGUACUAAAUUCUUAAUAAAAAGAUGCUUAGUAGUAAACCAACCCAUUGAAUAAUAGAACAAAGUUUUUAAAUAAAUGUUUUUGUCCUCACCUUCAAAAAUAUUUAUAUUGUCACUCAUUUACUUAAAAGGGCAUUUCUAUAAUUAUACUGUUCCCCUUUGCACUUACAUUGUACCACCACCAGGAAAGCCUUCAAGAUACUAAAUAAGCCAAAUGAUAUAUUUAUGAAAUGUUAUGGGUUGUAGAAAUAUACUAAUUAUAAGUCUUUCCCACACUAACAUACCUUAACAGAGUAUAACUCUAGUGAAAUUUUUUAAAUGAAAAAAUCUGUAAGGAGUUCUGAAGCAUACAAUGUUACAUAGGCACCAGGAAAGUCAUUUUUUUUUUCAGAUACAUUUCAUAGUUUCUGUACUGCAGUAUUUGGAUUGUCAUUCACAAAACCUUUAUUUGUAGCCUCUAAAAAGGGUAGCUAUACUUAAGCUUCUGAAUAUGCUAUAUAAAUGUCAUGGCUACCUGUUUUAAUUCCUGAAUGUAACAGUCUAUUUGUGUGUAUCAUGUAUUAUUUCCAAUACUGCAGUUAAUUAUUAAUUAUUUUAUUCACUGAGACUCAUUAGUCUAAAAGUU